UAGAAGGAGUGCUAGUUCCUAACAGCAGAUCAGAAACUCCCUGGAGACAGACGAUAAAAUGACAUUAGAUCUUGAGGAUUAUUUUAGGACCGUCUUUGAGGAACACCUCACAAAAGUGUCUGCACUGGACAGAGGUCUGUUGACUGGAGCGACGCGGAUGAUUUUGAAACAGAAAGAGAUCAGAGAGGUGGAUAAACAGCUCCAGACACACACAGAGGAGUUUGAGCUGAAGAAGGAGAGUUUGAGAAGGCGGAGAGAUGAGUUGAUGAAGAAGGAGGAGAAACUGAAGGAGUCACUGUUCAAAUUUGAUAAAUUCCUCAAAGAGAAUGACGCCAAGCGUGUUCGUGGUGAAAAGAAGGCGCAGAGAGAGAGGGAGGCAGUUCGUCAAAAGGAGGAAGAGAUAGAGAGAUUGAAGGAAGAGUGUGCUGUCCUGGAGGCCUGCAGACUCAGGCUACAACGCAAGGUGAAGAAGAAUGCCCUCUACUGGGCUUUUUUGGAACAGGUCCUCAACCUCACCAAGUAUGAGGAGGUGUGGGAGCUGCUGGGCAGAUUUGCCACCCUGCUGUCCAACAGAGAGCAGCUGCAGCAGAGGGAGAGCGAAAUGCUUGAGCAGGCUGACAGUCAACGGGGGGCACUACAGAGAUACACUGACCAACAGAGCUGUAGCAUUCUGCAGAAGAACAACCUGCUGUCUCAUCUACAGACAGAGCUGGACCAGAAACGCUCUGACACUCUCAGAUGGGAGAACACAUGGAACCGCAUUCAAACCACAGCAGCGAAGGAGACGCUUCUAUUAGGCCAAGUCAAAGUGGUGACCCUUAACCUUUACCAUAUGAUGGGCGGGACCACAGGACAGGAAGAGGGUGUGGCCAUCGAUGACACAGUAGCACAGCUCGAGAAGAUUCAGCUCUUUAUCCAGGACCAGUCUGCCAUAGUGAACAACCUCAAACAAAGCCGUUUUCAGACCGUUACUAAAGCAAACUUAAAGUGAGCAGGUGGAGGAUGGUCAAAGACAGACAGAAGAUCCUGCAGGACUUAUUGUUGGGGAUGAUGUUAUAUCUUGUUAAGUUUCCACACUGGUAGAUGCAAUGAUUAGCACGGUGCAGCAGAAUAUGGCAUGAUGACAAUAACACAAUCAGUCUAGUACUGACACCUAGUGACCAUUUAAGGGAAGACUAUUAAGCAAACGUUUGCUUAAUAAAUGGAUGUUUCUCAAGUGUACAUUUAAAAUAGUAAUAUAGCAGGCACUCAUACCCCGAGACACCCACAUUAGUGAAUACAUACUUUCAUAUUUAUACUGGCCCCCAAUGAGAAUUGAACACACAACCCUUGCAGUUUAAGGACCAACUACCACACAGUGCCAAUAUAUUCUAUUACCAUGCAGUAUUGCAUAACAAUUAUAAAUGGCUGAGUUUAAUGUAUACUGCUUCGUUAUUGCUAUUAUAUACUCAAAUAAUACAGCUCUGGAAAAAAUUAAGAGACCACUGCACUUUUUUCUUUGCUUUCCAAAAAAGUUGAGAAGGAACGUUUGCAGCUUUGGUUCAAAUUUGACCUGCUAUUCCCAAAAUA